CUCACAUAAUGAAACCACCAAGUAUUGGUAUUUCAAUCACCAAUCUCUCCUUGAAUUUUGAUAAAAAGAUCAUAUUUGAGGAUUUGGAUUUUUCACUCUCUGUUGGAGAUAAGGUUACAAUUGUAGGUGAUAAUGGUAGUGGAAAGACAACUUUUUUACGAUUGUUGAGUGGCACUGUCGAUUAUUCAUAUUCGGGCACUGUUGAAAUUGAGGGAAGAAUUGGAUAUUUGCCUCAACAUUUUGAGGACAUAAUGAGUGAUGAGCCGACCAUUGUUACCAUUCUACGAUAUUUGAAUGAUGCUAAUAUUAAUCAAUUUCUUGAACAAUCCAAUUGUGAAAAGCUAUCUUCGGAAUGGUAUCAAGAAUUGAAUUCUUUGGGAGGAUACGAGAUAUUUAAACAUGCACAUUUGAUUGGAUUGACAAAUAAUUUAUUGGAGGAACCUUUUAAUCAGUUGAGUGGUGGAGAAAAGACGAAAACAAUGUUGUGUGCAUUGAGUAUUAUUGAGACUGAUAUUUUACUGUUGGAUGAGCCGACUAAUCAUUUAGAUAGAAAGGGAAUUGAGUGGCUGGAAGACUUUUUGAAGGAAUAUGAUGGAUCUGUAAUCAUGGUUACUCACGAUAGAAGUCUAAUUAAUGCAGUUUCUAAUAGAAUUUCCGAACUAUCUCCACAUACUAAAAAGUUUGCGCACUUUAGAGGAGGAUAUGAUAAUUAUCUGAUGCAGGAAGAAAAGAAACGUUUAAGAUCUAUUCAAGAACGUGAGCAUCAAGAUAAGGAAUUGAAAGCUCUUAAACAAAAGGCAACUCAACUCAAAUCUAAUAUGAAAGAAAAGAAAAUUAGAGAAAGUUGGGAUAGAGACAAGAUUAGUCACAACAAUCAAGAACAAAGAGUUCAAAAGGGAACAUCUAAAGCAUUUAAUCGUUUCACUAGGAAACAAGAAAGCAUCACAGAAAACAUGGUUGAAAUUAUUCCAGAAAGAGCCAAAAUUUCAUUUGAAUUUGAUGACAGCAAUAUUACAACCAAUCUUCAUAUUCUAGUUUCGAAUCUUUCGAAAUCGUUUGGAGAUAAAUUGCUGUUUCGUGACUUGUCCUUCACUUUGGUGAGUGGUGAUAGAAUGAUUGUUCAAGGACCGAAUGGUUCUGGUAAGACUACUCUAUUUCGAAUUAUUAUGGACUUGAUAAAACCUGAUGAAGGCACAAAGCAGGUCAGUAAUUCUGCUAGGAUUGGAUAUUUGGAUCAAGAGCAAGAAAGUUUACCAUUGGACAAAACUGCAGUGGAACUGCUUAUGGAAGAUCCAUUAAUCAAUGCCUCAAAGAAACAGGCUAUUAAUAAUUUGUGUAAUUAUGGUGUCUAUACAUGGCAAGAUUUGAAUAAUACCUUACGUGACUUGAGUAUUGGAUGUCGUAGAAAGGUACAAUUGUGUCAAAUUGUCAUGAGAAAAUGCUCAAUUCUUUUAUUGGACGAACCAACAAACCACAUUGAUUUUCCAAGUUUGGAAGUAAUAGAGGAAGCAUUGAUGAAUUUCCCUGGUGUUAUCAUUGCAGCCACCCAUGACAGAUACUUUAUUGAAAAGGUUGGAACAGAAAUAAUUAACUUGACAGAUUAUAAUGGGUCUAAAAAAGAGGAAGAAGACAAUGAUAUUGAAUAAAUAUCACAAAAACCUUAAUGCUACAUAUUGAAGAUUUUGGUCUCAUAAUGCUAUUAAGAUACCAUCUAUAUCACAUAUUCGAUCAGAAUUACAGGAAUUGCUUGAUUUAUUGAGUUUUAACGGAUUUAAACUUGUGGAAACAUUGGUUUAUAAUACUAGUAAUAUUGACAAACGUUUGUUGUAAACCUCAAAUUGAUAAUUUCCUAAUUACUCAAUCUCUUAAUAAAAAUGUUGUUGGCGCC